AUGUCGUGGGUACCGCCAGCUAGCGACCCCAAUAGAAGGUCCGCAAGCCACGAUAUUCUGCGGAUAAGGCCAUCCCAGGCAUACCAUGAUAUUCAGGAACCCCAGAGAAUCGUAUCCGAUGAUGUGAUGGCGAGGAACAGAGGUCUGCAUUCUCCUUCGUCCUUGACCAGUUUUGGCGAUAGUCUAUAUUCCCAAAGCAAUGCAUCACAGAAGCCGAGCGUCGGAAGCUAUCCCGUGAACUCAACAUACGAGCCGGAUUUCGAAAUGCCGGUCAAACGUGAGUCUCAGUUCAUGGAGACAUUCUCACGUACCAGCAGCACUAGCUCUCGUCGUGUGGGUGUGAACGAGGAAGAUCAAAAACCGUUAGAUGAGCAACCGCUUGCGAAUUCUGAGAAUGUCCAUUUUGAAAAUAUCCCGUCGAAUGUCAACCUGUUCAGCUUCAGCGAGGCUGAUGAAUCUGCAAGGGAGUUCCACUUCUCACCAAGACUUGCUUACGAAGAUGAGCUUGAAAAUGCUGAUUUUGUUAGCAUAAGGACGCUGCCAAUGAGUCAGUCUGAGGAUGAGACAAAUACGAUACAAUCCUCGCUGCCUCCAAAGUCCCUUCAAUCAGGGAACUCGAACUUGGUUGGCCUGAUCAUCGGCAAGUACGACUACAGCUCCAGUGCCUUGGCGUUAAACCCUAGUGUAGAGACAAGAGGCACUGCUGCAUCAUUGACCUCAGGAUCAAUGUACUCAAGUGGAUCUCGCCCGAGUUUUCAGCCGGAGAUUGAUCAACAGAGAAUGAGAGAGCCUGUCAAGGACGAAAUGCGCAGUCUGCAAGAGCUGAACGCCAGCAAACGUGGAGAGCAUCUACGAAACAAUUCGGCGUCAUCUACGUUAUCCACAACUUCAACAGCAUCCACCCUCACCAAGAGUAACAACCAGCAGAGGUUCCUCAGAUAUGCAAUGGGCGCCCACUCUUCACAACCAGCACUUAAUCCGACUACGCGAUGGCUGAUGGACAAUGUGAUCUCCUGGCUAGACUUCCACAACUUCAAUCCCUCGUGGAAAGAAACGUUCAGGAGAAAUGAAAUUUCAGGCAACCGAUUCUUGGAACUUGGCAAUUACGAAUCAUCGUCAAUGGUCUGGAGACAGUUUAGCAGGAGCCUACAUGUGGGUGAGGACAAGAGUGAAGUAGAUAGGUUCAUUCACUUGUUACGCUCGGAGCUCCAUAAUAUCGAAAACUCCUCCACAAACACUAGCUCCACCUUGGCUCCUCCUGAAAUUGAAGUUCAGAAGCGAGCAGAGAACAGAAAGUCAUCUGCGACAUUAUCAACACAGUUGUCAUCAUCGGUGCCCACUAAACCUCGUCCCUAUUCAUACGUCGAGCCAUCAAGCUCAUCUAAGGCCAACCCAUUGAGAGAUUCGUCGCAAUCACACGCCCACAAGUUUUUCAGGCUUCACCAUAGAACCCCAUCUACUGAUUCGACAAAGGCAAAUACAAGCACUGCCAGUUUAAGUGGGGAUGAUCCAAGAAACUCAACUGGUCAACGAAUGAGCGGUAUAUUCAGCUCGAUUUGGAAAUACAGUGGCGACAAAGCAGCUGGGAUUGUCAAACAAGUGCACCCUAGCUCUGGGAGUUCCGGUGGGAGACAAUCAAGUGGUAAUAAGAGAGGUAGCUAUGUCAUGCCACAACAUAGACGAGCCGAUCUGUCCAGCAAGAACACUUCGUUCAUGAAUCGAGACUCAUUAUUGAGCUUGCAGCGUUCGCAAGAUGAUGGUACGCUUUCUCCAAUAUCCACAAAUUCCACCGGGUUCCCUCCUUUUGAUGUCAAUGAAUCUUCUGCCGAUAGUGAACGCCUGUUCAGCGCAGAGAUAAAGAAGGAGAUCAUCGACGCUAGAUACUUACCAGUACCAAAAGGCAGUCUUCAAGACGAAUCCAAGCUUAUUCUACUCUCCAAAGACAACGUUUCCUUCAAACCAUUGAGGAUCUAUACGAAAGAUCUUGACGAUUUGGAAUCAUUAAAGAAGAGGAUCUAUAAAUCAUUGGAUCUCCUCAGUUUUGGCCUCAUCACCUUCCAUCUUACUGAUUAUGACUGCAUUCCUGGUGAAGCAAUGAGCGACGAUGUCAUAGUUCAGGCUCUUCGACAAAACACCCUUUGCAAAAUUCACAUCCAGCAAAUUGUGAACUCCCCAGGUACCAACACGAUUUCAAGUACUUCAUCAGAUGCCAGAUCCUUCGAUCUCACAGGUGAUAACAAUGGCCGGAUGUAUCCUGCUACUCCACAGUAUCUAUUACAGGAUGCUCGAGACAAGGGAAUAGACUACAUCAAUUUCAAAGAUCAUGAGGCAUUCUCACAGAUUAAGAAUCCAAAAGAUGCGAGAGGUCCUACAACGCCUUAUCAGCAUCCCCUCAAACUCACUAUUCCCGUCAACAAGAGGCACAGCAAGAAAAACCUUCUCCAGCCCAACAAUAGUCAGCAAACUGGCCGUAAGGUUGAGUUUACAGGUCAAGCCCAUCUGCAUGCUGCAGAGCUACCUGAUAGCUCUAAAAGUUGGAAAUCUCCAGAAGCAAAACAGCAAAGCUCUUUUGCUUCUAAAGAUGCUAAUUCUGCACUUCUAGAGGACAAGAAUAGUCUCUCCACGAAGGCGAUACGUUCUGCUAUUUUCAGAGAGGGUGCUGCCAAAGCCGCCUCGAGAGCUUCCUCUCUGGGUCUGGAGUAUGAGAGGUCUAGCAGUUUCAUUGCAAAACGAAAGGCCCCUCCUCCUCCAACUGGCUCAGUGAGAUCUAGAACUCUACUGGGUGCUUCAGUCCUGCCAGCAUUGUCCCGCAACAGUAGCGGGAGACGUGUAACAUCGAAGCUGGCCUCGAUUCGUAAGCAGGAAGAAGAGACAAACGCUUUUGCAGAGCAUGAAUUCAGCUUCGACGACGCCCCAUCAUUUUCACCAGCAUCAGCAAAAUCACCCCAAUUGCAAGACACGUCAGCCCUUGACACGAACGAAGAGUCUGAUAAUGAUGACUUUUUCGUCAAACCGAUGUCUCAAAAGAAGAGCCUGGCUGAAACGACAGUUGACAGCGAUGACGAGGAAGACUUCUUCAUGAAGCCCACGAAGAACAACCAGAGUGCUGAAUUGAGAGAGAUGAACGUGAGACCACCUGUCGAAGAAGUUUACAAUAAUCUUGAGAAGUAUUUCCCCAACACUAAUCUCGAUAAACCGAUUAUUGACGCUUCACCCGAUUCUCCUGUUGCCCAGGCCAUAAGCCCCAAGAGAUCAUUCCCUACGCAGAGAAAGGAAUCCAUUUCCAGGACGUUUUCUAACGCAAACAAUUCGCCAAUUAAUCCUCCCAACGACGAGGAUGGAGUGAUUCCUGUUGAUAAUGGAGGUAAACCUUUCAAGAGAAUGAAGACUAUUCGAACGGUUGCCAAUGAGGCACGUAACAAGCGUUUAGCUGGUCAAAGAGCUAACAAAAAAUUCCCCGAUCCCCCAGCCAAAACCACGGAUGAAAAGAGUUCAGGUCUGCUUCGCAGAUCAAAUACGAAAUUGUGGGGCCAGAAACUCGUCGAAGUCACUUCGGCUGAGAUUGAAAAGGGUUUCGUCAGUCGCAUAAGAUCAAGUGCUAGCUCUAAAUUUGAGGAGUUUGCUUGGAUCAAGGGUGAGCUCAUUGGUAGAGGCUCUUUUGGAUCUGUCUACUUGGCACUUAAUGUGACUACCGGUGAGAUGCUCGCAGUGAAACAAGUCGUUGUGACUAAUAGUUGGAACAAGACCUCAGACGGUCUUGAUGCUUUACAUAAAGAAGUCGAGACGAUGAAAGACUUGGACCACCUAAAUAUCGUCCAAUACUUGGGCUUUGAGCAGAAGAAGAACACUUACAGCUUGUUCCUCGAAUACGUUGGCGGUGGAUCGAUUUCAUCUUGCCUUAAGUCGUUUGGAAAAUUUGACGAGCCUCUUGUUAAGUUCAUCACACGACAAGUGUUAGAUGGUUUAAGGUACUUGCAUUCAAACGGCAUUUUGCACAGAGACUUGAAGGCCGACAACUUGCUUCUUGAAACUGACGGUACGUGCAAGAUUUCUGAUUUCGGUAUUUCCAAGAAGUCUCAGGAUAUCUACAGUAACAACGCUGAGAUGUCGAUGCAAGGAACCGUGUUCUGGAUGGCCCCCGAAGUUAUUCACAACAUUGUAGAGGACAAGAAACAAGGAUACAGCGCCAAGGUCGACAUAUGGUCGUUAGGAUGUGUCGUUCUCGAGAUGUUCGCUGGACAGAGGCCUUGGUCGAACGAGGCCGUCAUCAGUGCUAUCUACAAGAUUGGAAAGACAAAGCUUGCCCCACCGAUCCCAGACGAUGUCAGUGACGAGGCAAAGGACUUCUUGAAACAAUGUUUCACUACAGACUCUGAAGUCAGACCCACUGCAGAAAAACUUCUUGAGCAUCCGUUCAUGGUGAAAGACCCCAGCUUCCGCUUUAAUGAUACCAAGCUCCGUGAAGUGAUCAAAUUCAACACUAGACGGGUGUAA